AUAAGUGGAGAUAAUGUGGGCUAAGUGACAAAUAUGAGUCACUGAAACUGGAGGCUACUGUGACGGGGGGAGGAGGGCCAACUGUGGCAUCCAGGGAGAAGCGUUCUCCACUCCGCCUCCUCUGGCUCCUGCACACGCAGGGGAAGAUCCAUCCGAAGCUCAGGAUAAAACAGAAUGUUUCGCCUCGAUUCUGAGGAGGUGCUGCAGCCGUGACAGCCUCAGAGCCCGGCUAGCGCCCCCGCCACCGGCAGCAGCAGCAGCGCGCUGCAGGCGCACAGAGCUAACGCAUUGCUGCACUUUACAUCUUUAUGGCGUUGCUCGUUUGGACGCCAGCCUCCCACAGUGGCAGUCGACCGGCAGCGAGGGUUCGAGCUCCCUCUCAGAGGAUGGUGGAGUCCUGAGAGCUCAGACAUGCCAUCUGUCUCUGCUGGAAACGUCGCUGUCUGGGCUGCAAUUCGCUGCGCUGCUUGAGGGAAUCAAAGUUGGUGCAAUGGAGACUUCCGGGAGUGAUGCUGCUGUCACGUACUUGGAGAAAGCUGAUGAGAGAGAUGGAUAUUAUGAUCUGGAGCAUCUCCCUCCACUGCUGGAAGAUGAGGAAAAUGUCUCCCUGGCCGACAUUCUUUCUUUGCGGGACAGCUGCCUCAGUGAGGAGGAGAUAUGGGCCGUGUGUGCAGAGUGUGUUUUGGCCCUGCAGAGCAUCAGACCCUCCCACCUCUUCUACACCCUAUGUAUAACACCAGACACUCUGGCCUUCAACGCUCAUGGGAAUGUUUGCUUCAUGGAGCAGCUAAGCGAUGAUCCAGAUUGCUCAUUUGUCCCUCCGGAGUUUGACAACACGGGCAGCACAUUUGAGGGCCACAUUUUCUCUCUGGGCUCCACACUUUCCGCUGCACUGAAAUUUGUCAUUGAACCAGAGCUUGAGGCUGAACUGGGAGAAGCACUUCAGAGUUUGCUGCAGCAGAUGCAGGAGGAGAAGCCUGAGGACAGACCUGAGCUGGAGGAUAUUCUGUUGCUGGCUGAAGAGCAGCUGACUCAAACAUCUUCUGCUACCGUGUGCCGGAAGUUAUCUUCGAUUGGACGAAGAGUGCUCUCCAUUGAAUCAGUUUCAAAUAUUCAAGAUGAACAGGAGGAAUCUUUGGAGGAAAGAUGGCAGCAUUCCAAAGCCAAAUGUCUUUUGAAAAGACUAAACUCAGAGGAUAAGACCAAAGACCUUUCUGACACCUUUGGGACAAACAGUGUGUCCAGACAGCAGGUGUGUGGGGCCUGGGAUUCCUCUCUAUGGGCCGAGGAUAUGGAAAGCGGUGAGGCAGACGGCAUGAAUCUGACAGAUGAGAUGGAUUGUCGUUCUUACAACAGCUCCCCAGUGAAGAGGAAAUCCCAGCAGAAGUUCAGAGGAGCAAGGGGAGCCCUUAAUCGCUCCUGCUCGGUGCCAGACUCCAACAAUCCCCCGUGUGUCUCCACUCCACCUCACGGAGAUAUCAGUAUUCCUGUUUCUGACCUCACAGAAAUAGGAGCUGAUGAACAUCUAGACUCAAAGUCUAUGUGGAGUAACAGACUGGAGAGACUAAACCGGGGGAAGUCCUGUGAGUCCUACCCUCACUGUAGAACUCAGGAUCAGGAAAAGGCAUCACAAGGAACCAAUCAUGUAGACUCUUGCAUAGAAGAAGUAAAUAUUCAAGACUGUGUCCAACCCAUGUCAAGGGGAUGUAUCCAGGACUUGGUCGCCUCCUGUGCCUCCUGUCGAGAACUGGAGAUGGCACAAAACUCUUUAGAGAAUGAGAGCGCGACAAAACCCAACAUUUCCCUUUCUUAUAACUACAUGACCAAAAGCAUGCUGUGCCUAAACGAAGAAUCUCAGGAUGAGUGGAUCUCUCUCAGGGAGCUGCUGACCCAUUGUGGACGAAGGCUUACGGUUAAUGAGCUGUGGGCUUUGUGUUACACCUGCUUGUCCUCACUGCAAACUUACACUGACUUUCCAGCUUAUUUAUGCCUGGACACAAUGUAUGUGAACUGCAAGGGAGAAGUGAUUUUUCUCAAACCUAAAACCAUCGAAUCCCAUGAUGGUUUUUUUCUUGCACCUGAGUAUCAGGAACACGGUAUUGUAACUGAGAAGGUCUGUGUGUAUGGGGUUGCUGCUAUCCUCUGGGCGUCAGCCAAGUUCAGCUUAUCACCAAAUCAGAAGCUGGCGAUGCCUCGUAAAAUGAAGAGACUCCUCCUGGAGAUGGCUAAGAGGACUCCCAUGGAGAGACCAACCAUCGUCAUGGCAAAAAAGAGCUGCAUCUGUAAUCUUUCUCGUCAGGGGAUUAGCGCUGAGACUGUUUGGGGAAACCUCAUCAGCAGAGUUCACCCACCAGCUUCAGAAGGCCACAAUACUGAAGAUUUGAGUGAAAGUAAUAAUCAGAGCUCAACUGAUGAACCCCGACCAAACAGUGGCUUUGUGCCCAUGGCCACUGAGAGCCGACUGGCUCCUGUGCCUGGCCCUGUUCCCCACAGCUAUCCUGUCAGCAUGGAACUCCAGCUCCCAGAAGCCUUCACUUCCACUGCCACACACUUCACUCCAAUCAUCCUGACCAGUGAAGGGGAAACAGAGGAGGAGGAGAACCAGCAUCUGGGAACUGUCACUGUAGGGACAGCAGACAGAUUGACAAAGAACAGUGUUCAUGCUGCAGAAAGCUGCCCAGAUGUCCCUCCUUCUAAAGCCAAUCUACAUUCAGAAGAGCUGACUGAGUUUCACACAGUCAUGAGCACUUCUUCCAAAACGUCCAGCACAAUACCUGAGGACUCUCCUUCAGCUUUCUCUGAUGUUUCCCUCCUUGAAGUCUCCCUUCCCAGUCUCUCUUCCCCCUUAUCCACUAACCUCAACAGCUGUGGCAUUUUCAACAAUUACCUCUUUUGGCAGGAUCCCAUGACAGGACAUCUGUCCUUGGUGCCCGUCAAGGUCAGGGCUCCUGAGUCUCUACACGGGUUGGACAUAAACCCGUCUUUUGUCCCUCAGUCUUUGCUAGGCCUGAUAACAGGUCAGGAGACCAACGGGGGCCUGUUUUUUGAUUCUGUGAGUGUUACUGUGAGGCCUGGGACUCAGGAUCUAUUUUAUUUAAGUGGUAGCUCCACAACGUCAGACGGCCCUCAGGAUCGUGCUUCACAUCAAACGUACUGUGGAAAAACAGAAACCAAAACAGAAGGUGAGAAGAGCUCUGCCUCCAGAGAUCAUCCUGCCCUGCAGGAUGUGAUCGACCUGCUCAAAGGACACUUUUCAAUUAAGGGGCAUUUAGACAAUCAUCAAGACAUCAUGAUGGGGGAAUACUUUUUCUGUUUGAAGGGACUCCGGUACCAGCAGUUUGCCAGCGUAGUGAAGGAGAGAUUCUGUGACCUGCACUGGGACGAUGACUUACUGGGUGUGUUGCAUUGCCUGGUGAACUACAGCUGUUCAACACUCGCCCCAUGCAGAGAUCAUAAUGAGGAGUCUCCAUCUAAGGCUGUGAAGAGGGCAGCCGUCACUCCACCCUUCACCACUGCUGCCUGCAGAGGGAAGACACAAGUUUGCCUGCACAGCUGUCUCGAUCUGAAUGGAAACGUUCACGCUUCUCGGCCCGUUGCUGUUGGCAUAUGGGAGGGAAGCGAGGCAACAUCUUACUGUGGGGAAGAUGAGACGGUGCUUGAGGGUGCUGAAAUAAGAUUGGAGAAAAAUCGGUUUUGGAUCAGUCAAGGUGUGAAGGCAAACAGUUCAGAGUCUGUGGUUAUGGAGGCGGGAGGUCAUUCAGCGGGUGGCAGCGAUGAAAGCCCCUCUGAAGCCGAGUUUGUGUCAGGGAGAGAGGAAGAUCUGAUGGGAGCCCACGAUGAGCAGAUGAGUCCUGACCACUCGGAGGACAUGGAGGACAGCGACUCUCUGGUGUCGGAGCGGCUCUUUUCGCCCACAUCCACGACAAGCUGCACAGGCCUCAACUUCAGCCCGGCCUGGGCCCUGGCUCUCUUUGGAGAAGAUUGUUUUAGUCAGGAGGUGAUUGAGUAUGCAUUGAAUCUGGGAAAGCACACAGGAUCGCCAAGCCUGGAAGUGAAAGUGCAGGAAGUGCAGCAGCAGCUGAUAAUUGAGACGAGGAAUCUGAAGAAAACCAGAAAUUUCUAUCAAAAGCUGAAGAAUCAACAUGAGAGAAAAAACAAAGGUCCUGAAAGCAAACUGAUGCUCUCAAAACUCAAGUCACAGCUUGAAGAACUCAGAUCCAAGGUGGCCUUUUUGGAUUGUGUGAAGAAAUAUCUUGAGGUCCUCAACGUUGAUCAAUGGGGUCUGGAAGUUUCUUUACUGUCCUCUCUGGCUGUCUGUGGAUGCCACUCCAUGAACCUUCAGUCCACUGAAGACCCCACUGUCCUGAGCUUUGGUAGCACUAAAGGGAAGAGGACUCUGCAGGCUGGCUCUCCUCUGGGACUCAUGGCUUACCUUUAUGCCAGAAAUGCUGCUGCAGAGGGCUACAUCCAACAGUUCCUGUACACAUAUCGUUUCUUUUGCACUCCUGAAGAACUACUGCAGUUCAUCAUGAAUAAGUUCAUCAGCGCUUCAAGGGAGGGGCCAGAGAUGUCAGGGGACAGUGAAAGGAUCUUCCAUCGCAGUCUGGACCUUCUGCAGAUCUGGGUGACAGACUGCAAAUCAGUGGACUUCACGCCAAAGUCAAGUCUUGUGGAGACUUUAGAAAACUUUCUAAAUACAGAGGUGAUUCCAGUUGACAGUCAAGGUGAGGUCCUUCUCGCCAUCCUCUACAACCAUCCAAACUCCGGCACACUGGGUCAGGUGACAGGAAGUCUGAUCAGUCUGAAUGAAGAAGAGGACUCUGUGUGUUUGCAUUCAUCUACUGAUGAUCUUAGCAAGAAGUGGAGGAUCUCACGAGUUGUGGAGCCCUCUGCUUCCAUGUCUAAAGAGAAGACCUUCUCGAUUGCUGCAGCCCUGCCUGCUCCUUGCUACGAGUCCCUGAUGCACGAUUUGUCCAACGUGUGUCUGCAGAGUGAGGAGCGACUCCCGUUCAGCGAAAAGGAGCUCAGCGCGCUGCACAUAGCCCAGCAGCUGACGCUUCUGCAGCAGGAAGUUUUCCAAGGAUGUCAUCCAGUUCAUUUCCUGAAGUCCAGAACACAAGGAGUCAGAGACAAACUCUGCAGCCCAAACAAGAAUGUAUCACAGCUUAUUCCGCCAGCAGAGGGCAGCAGCGGGCUUGUACUGGAGGGGAGCCCGUCAGACAGCUUCCUCCAGCAGCUGCUCACAUACGCUGAGAGUGUCACUAACUGGAUCUCUGCAGAGAUAGUCAUAUGUGACUCUGCAAAGACCCGAGCUGCCUUGCUGACGAGGUAUCUGUGGAUCGGAAAGUAUUGCUAUGAAAUGAGGAACUUCGCCACAGCCAUGCAGGUUCUUGGAGGUCUGGAGAAUAUGACUGUCAGGCAAUUACCAGCGUGGAAACACCUGGCUUCCAAAGUCUAUGAGAUCCUGGAGGAGCUGCGAGCCAUUCAGGUGUUUCUGAAGAGCGACGACCUGUGUCUGAUUGGACCAGAGCAGAAGAGGACGAGGCCCACACUGCCGUCCGCUCACAUCCUGGCUAUGCAUGUGCAGCAGCUGGAGAUCGGUGCAUUCACACUAACCACUGGGGCUUAUAAGUGGACCAAACUCAGGAACAUCGCAAAGGUUGUGAGUCAGGUCCAUGCCUUCCAGGAGGUUGUGUACCCGUACAGCCCAGACCAGGACCUUCAGGCCUACCUGCGCCGCCGGAUCGCCCGAUUCGCCACGACAGACAUCCACCUGCUGGCCGCUGACAGCGACGCCAACUGUCAACGGUCCAGCGAGCGUCAGACACGGAGGAUCCACGACACGCUGAGGAGGGUGAAAGCUACUUUCCAGUGAAGCCUGCUUUGCCUCAUUUUAGAGAUGAACUUCAAAUCCAGGACAUUGCCCUGCGUCCAGACUUAUUACGUUACAGUGCUGUGGAAAAGUAUUUGCUCCCUUACAGACGUCUUCUGCUUUUGCUUCCUUAUCUCAGUUACAUGUUUCAAAUGAUCAAACAAAUUCAAAUGUCAGACAGAAUUAUCUGAAGUAAAUACCAAAAACUGCUUUCUAAUUGUCUAAUUAAUUGUCCCAUGUUUUAUUUAAAUAGAACCAGUGUUACAGCAUCAAGUUGGCUGAAAUAUCUCUAAAACCAAUGCAGCAUGCCCUGAUCCAAAGAAAUUUGAGAUAACAAGCAAAAUCGCUGAAAUCAAGAGUAAUGAAAGUAUUACUAAACCUUUUUCUUAAUCACACUGAGAACCAAUUAUUCACUAAUGGAAGAGCAAGUAACAAUGGUGAAGCUUUUCAGGAGUGAACAAUCUACUAAAUGUACAAGAGCUCAUCACCGACUCAUCCAAAAGUUAUCAGAGAACAACAUUUAAAGUGCUUGACUUUUAAAAAUAAAUGUUUCCACUAAAAUACAGUGACUGUAAAGAGUGACACAGAGAGAGGUUGAACAUUUCUUAACAGAAAAAAAGAAACAUAGUUGCAUAAUUUUGGAUAAUGUACAAUGUGAAACAACAUCAUAAUAUAAGCUGUUUAUAUCUAUUGAUUCAGUUACUUAACAGUAUUUAUUGCAAUUGUAAAACAUUGCGUUUUGCAUUAAAUAUUGCUUGUGGAUAAAAAUUAGAUUAAUUUUAAUAAAUUGCAGUGACUUGCAGUCACAGUGACAGUGAAUAAUAUAGAAAUUUGGAGUAGUCCAGAUCUAAAUCUGUUGGGAUGUAAACAGACUGUUUCUGCUCAAAAAUGCUCCAGUGUAACUAAAUUAUAUCAAUUUUGCAAGAGCUGAAUAAAAUUCCUCUGCGGUUUUCAUGUUUCAAAAUUUCUUAAUGGAAGUUGUUGUGGCCAAAGGUGCUGCAACAAGUUAUAGGGUUUAGAGGCAUUAACAUUUCAGUUUGAAUAAAUUUUUGUCCUUAAUAAAUUAAAUAAUCAUUUAAUGCAUUUUGAAAGUAUUUUUGCUCAUCUUUGUCUAAUAUUAUUACUUUUCUGAAACUUUUAGUUAUGGUGGAGAAGCAAAAACAGAAGAAAUUUGGAAAUGAAGUUCAAGGCAAACUUAGUUCAAAACUCACACUCUGGUCAUAUUUUUAAAAUUCAGUUUGAUUUAUGUUUUUGUUUGUUUUCAGGUUGAACUGUUGCUGGAUUCAGAUCCCAGCCAGGCGUCUUUUUGCAUGUUCUCCUGUGCAGGCUUGUGUUCUCUCCAGGUACUCCUGCUUCCAUCCACAGUCCAAACACAUAAUUAUUAGGGUUAUUGGUCUCUCUAAAUUGAUCUUAAGUGUGUGUGUGUGUGUGUGUGUAGGGGUGUGUUUGUGUGUGUGUCCUGUGAUGGACUGGCGAUUUGUCCAGAUUAAACCAAAUGAUCAGAGUUACCACCCACCCUGUGACCCUGCAAGGAUAAGUGAGGAUAGAUGAUGAAUGGAUAUAUUUUUUGUUUGCAUUUUGUUCCUUCAACAAAAUUAAACAAUGUUUUUUUUGUGUUGAUUUUUUUUUCUUAACUGAUGCACACUUGGAUAUUUUUUGUAUAGUGUAUUUAAUUUGUUUGGUAUGUUUUCUCUAAUCUAUAAUUGUUUGUGGCCUGAACAUGUGAAAUGCAUGUCCAUUGAAAUGAUAUAGGUGCCUAAAAAUCACAACUUACACCUGCAGUAGUAUCACAGCGUGAUUCUUUGCUUGGGAUUGACUCAGCUAAAGCACAAUUUCAGCAGCUAUGUUUCUGUGUUAUACAUUUAUAAGCUUUAGAUGAAAAUGUCAGUUUUUUUCAGCAGUCUUUACCAUUUUCCACAGUAAAUUAUCUGUAGAGCCACUUAACAUUAAAAUUGUUUUGUGCAACGAUGUGUUUAGUAAUGCAUGACUUUUUGCUUUUUUUUAAAUUCCAGUGCAAGUUUUAAAUGAAUCACAUUCUGUUGUUUCAUGUGAGUCAGCAUGCAUUAAUAUUAUAAACUGGAUAAGCUGCAAGGUUUUCAAUCAUACAUUAAUUUUCAGUUUAAUGAAUUCCUUGAACUCAUCCAACUGUUUUGUGGCAGAUUUUCUAACUUCUGGUUUUGAAAGUUUGACUUGCUAGUGCAGAUUUUUGCUGAUUAAAUAUUCUCUUCAUAUUUAUAAUUUACAUCAUUCUAAUAUUUUUUUCUUGCCUUUGUGCCAUGGGCAGUCAUUAAGGAGUUGUACUAUUACUUAAAUAAAACACAGGAAUAUCAUGGUUUUGAGA